CUGUUGCUGUUGCGUGUGUCCGAAUUGCCUUUCAAAUCCAAAGUCAAAUCAAAAUAACAAAAUUCGAAAAAAAACCAUGUGUAUAUCUUGCUAAACUCACCCCAGAACCCGAGAACCACAACCCAUUUGGACACCGCUAACAUUAUGGCCGGCCCGCAGGCGGAGGGCAUGUAGAUAUCGAAGAAACCGCCAAAAAAACGAAAAGAAGAACCCUACAAAACCCCUUGGAGAUUGAGGAAUCCUAGCCGGACAGCAUGCAGACGCUGCGCAGCUGCCCGGCCCGUGGCCUAAUCCUCUCCAGCGCCCUGCGCGGCCAGCGCAGCCUGCGGACGAGCUGGCCACGGAGGAGCGGCACAGCCGGCGGAGGCACCACCUCGACCAUUGGAGGCCUGGGGGCGCUCCAGAAGCUGCGGGAAUGGCAUGCGAACGCCUUCAGCAGCCGCUUCCUGCUCUUCACCAACGUGGGCAUCUCGCUGACCCUCAGCUGCGUGGGCGACAUCCUCGAGCAGCAUCUGGAGAUCUACUGCAACGAGAUCGAGCGAUUCGAGGCCACCCGCACGGCCCACAUGGCCAUCAGCGGCGUGACGGUGGGCGUGAUCUGCCACUACUGGUACAAGAUGCUCGACAAGCGGCUGCCCGGUCGCAGCAUGCGCGUGGUGGCCAAGAAGAUCGUGCUCGACCAGCUGAUCUGCUCGCCCAUCUACAUCACGGUCUUCUUCGUCACCUUGGGCCUGCUGGAGCGGAAGGACAGGCACGAGGUGUGGGAGGAGAUCAAGGAGAAGGCCUGGAAGCUGUACGCCGCCGAAUGGACGGUGUGGCCGGUGGCGCAGUUCGUCAACUUCUACUGGAUCCCCGCCCACUACCGCAUCUUCUACGACAACAUCAUCAGUCUGGGCUACGACGUGCUCACCUCGAAGGUCAAGCACAAGCAGUCGCAUUCGCACCUCAAGAAGAUUCCCUAACCCAGCGCCUCUCCGCCUCCUUUUGCUUGUAACUAUUUAUUAUCGAACCGAAAACCUUGUAAAUACAGACGGGCGCGUGUACAGAGACCAA